AUGAAAGCGCUCAGCCUUGGUGGUCCCGCCGUUGUCGUUGCCGUUGAGCCAAGGAUUCCCCCUUCGAUCGGUUUCCUCCGCUUCCACCGAGACCACCACUUUCUUUCAGUUCUCUCCCUCGACUCGCAUGCAGGCUUGACUCGAAUCAUGGUGGAUGCAUCCAUGCUCGCGUCGCUGCUGGCGGUGCUGGUGGGCGUAGUGAUCCUGGGCUUCGCAACCUUUUCGCUCCUGCGCCGACCCAAGCGCCGCUCAGAUGGGCGCAACCCUCAGAUCUACCUCCAUCUUCUCGAUUCAACGCUACUACUGGCAAUCCUACCGCUACUAGUCCACGACGCUAUAUCGCCGGGCUCAAAGUCGAUCGUGCAAACCGCGUUCGCAGGUACACCGAGCACGUUCUUCGCCACCGUCGCUCUCGUUUUGCGGCAAGCACUCGUGGGAGUUCUCGCAGCAAAUGCCGUGCUGAGCAGGAGGAUGCGCAGAUCGCAGGCGGUUCCACUUGCAGCCGCGGCGGCAGUGGGGGUUGUCGGUGCGGCGACGAUUACGAGUGUGCAGUGCGAGUUUUCGCACCCCGCAGGAGCGAGAGUUGGUUGUGCACAUGUACCCGCGGUCAAAGGCAUGGUCGUCGCCAUACAGCUGCUCUUCACCCUCGCGGCUGCGAUUAUCUUUGCCCACACGGGCACGAAAAUCAGCACAAAGCCAGUGCCGCAACGGACUGCAACGGUGUCGUCGCCUCCCGAGUCGCGUAUCCAGGUCCAAUCGUUUUCGCAGGAUAGCGGAGCGAAAGAGGCAGAGACGGGGCAGGGCGUCGAUCUGGAGUACGGUGGACGCAUCGUCAGCGGAAUUCUGGACGAUGGAGGGCAGGAUGUGGGAACGGCACCUACGUCGGGGUACGGAUCUGCCAUCGCGAGCUCCGCCAAUCCGUACCGCUCCACGCUCUCGUUUGCGCGUGCGGCGGGAUUGGAUCAAAGCCAGCCGACCUCGCACACGCACGUAGCGGAAAAGCAAACUUACGGGUGGUCGGAUUUUGCCCCGCGAUCAACACGACGCAAGGCGGCUCGCGCUGCAGCCGAUGCGGAGAUGGGCGGUGGGCAAGUGCGAGACGAACCGCGUUGGAUGCGCCUGCUGGGCUCGCUCUGCGCACUGGCGUGGCCAGUCGCACUGAGCAGCACUGCGCUGCUGAUCACACCGUCGGCCAAGCAGACUUACCUCGUCGUUGCCGGCUUUUGCACCCCCGCCGUGGUGAUCAUCAUCAAGAGCACCCGUGGCUGGCUUCGCCCCCGCACUCGGGAAGCGGAAAUCGAGGCUGAAGAGGCCACAUUGGAAGCGGACAGUUGCUCGACGCACGGCUCGGACUCGGUGGUGGUGGUGGCACCGCCGUCACGCGUGCGCCACUUGCGCUGCUACUCGUACCCACUCCAGGCGGAAAACGGCUACGCUGCAACACACCGGAGCAGCCUGACGUCGGCGAAAAGCGUGCCGUACUUGCGCCAGCACUGGGCAGCGGGCAAGGUGAGCGGUGACAGGGUGGCGCCGAGAAGCAGCUGGGUACGCGCACUCAAUCUGCUCGUCAAUCCCAAGCCCAGGCUUGAAGUCCUGCCUGCCCGGCAAAGCGUCUCCGAACAGCCGAGAAAGGAGGAAAGGAGGGUGGGGGGAUCCUCGGCGACGUUUGCGGCUGGACGAGGAUUACUGCAAGCGCGAGAGACGACGGCGGAUAGCGAGCAUACGUGCAUCUCGGAUCGACGUGCCGAGUCGGUCACCACGCUCGACGCGAUCGCGGGCGACGAGACGGCGUACGACCACGAAGCACCGCAGCAGGAGGCGGAGGGGCUGGACGACUCGCCUGGGAGCGCCAGACGCUGGGGCGAGCAGCUGGACGAGCAGAGCGACUUGAGGUCGCCCACCAAGCGUGUACACGAGCCCGCCCCGACACCGACAACGAGCUUCUCGAACGAAGAGUCGCAGGCACUGGGCAGUGGUGCAGCAAGGCUGUUCAACGAGAUCAUGGAGCUGGUUCGCGGCACCGACGCUUCGGAACCACGUCCGGUAGGUGCAGGGGUAAAAAGGACACCCCCGCGAGGAUAUGCUGCGCUCGAAGAUGCAAGCCGGGGCACAGUCAUUGUGCACCCCGAGUCGAGCUACGUCACAGCCAAUGCGUCCCACCUCGAAGGGGAUGAAGGCAGAGGACAUCGACGGACAGGAUCGGCAUCGAGCGGCUUCUCGCUGAGCAGCAUUUCGAGCCGGUUGCGCGCGAUGGGAGGCAGGGAUGCCGACUCGCCAGUGGUCAGGAAGAUGCGCAGCCGCACAUUUGCGUCCGCGUUCGGGAUCGAGCUCGGCACACUGGUUCGCAGCGCAUCGUGGGGAAGAAGGGCGGGGGUGGAGAGUUCGCCGUCGACGAGUGCAGGGACGUGUCAGUCGUCGCUGCUCGAUGUGGGACAUUCGCCUUCGCCUGCAGCCCCACAGCAUCGCAGGAUGGGAUCGCACGCAGAUUCGCUCAUCGAAGGUGACGAAGCAGUCGAGGAGCUAGACGACGUCGACAUCGAGGAGCGAGCAUCCAGUUCCGCGGUGAGCGAAUGGACACGCGAUAUGACGGGCGAUCUUUCCGACAUCAGCCUGCCGCUCUGCGAGCUGGAAGAGGAGGGGGUGUCAGAGGCCGAGAUCAUCGAGAGCUACAAGAUGGUCCGGCUCGCAGCAGCGCCGUUUCUGGAUACGGUCGAGGAGGAGAGCGAGGCCGAGUGCGAGGGCGCGUUUAGCGCGGGGCAAAUGGACCAGGCAGAGUGGCAGAGGGUAUUGUUGGCGCAGCACGAGGCCAUGUUCCCGCACAAGACGCUGUCGCAGAUCGACGAGGUCACCGAGGCGGCCACCUCGCCUGCGUGCAGCGAGGCUGCGAGUGCUAGAGCAAGCAGGAUCGAGGCGGGAGAUGCGGGCCAGAUGCACACGCCAAGUGCAGGCAAACACACGGCGUAUCUGGGUCUGCGUAUGUCCAAGGCGGUGCACACGGGGAUGGAGAGCUCGCAGACCGAGCGCGACGAACACGGCGAGGGUAGCAUGGAGACGCCGGGUCUGCUGCCGUUCGUCACGCCACGCAGUCGGAUGCGGUGCCGAGCAGCAGAAUCGCGAGCGCCACACCCCGAGCCCACUGACAGUACUGUCGACAUCGAGCCGUCUCCGCGCUGCCAGAACGUGCGGCUGGAAGAGCUGGGCAUGCACGAGGGCAUCUGGCAGCGCUCUCCGGUCAAGCUCGAGCUCUCUGCUCCUGCGGCGGAGAGCACCCAAACCACCAGCGAAGACGCCGCACGAGGGGGCACACGGCUACGACGCAGCAUGACACUCAAGUGGAGCGCGGCUCGCGACCGGCACGGCUCGCCCAAGCGCGAGGUGCGCAACCGACUGGCGAGGCAGGGCGAGCACGAGGCGGAGAAGCGGCUGCUGCACAAACCGCUCAAAAAGCCACGCAAGAGCCGGCUCAAGGGCGUAGCGGUGAUGAUUGCUCGACAUCAAUUCACGGUGGUGGACGAAGACGAUUCGCUCGUCCAGCAGAGAGCUGAAGCCGGCCAUGACUAG